AUGGAAGAAGGGAACGAGCUUGUUUUGAUUUGUGAAGUUAGAGGAGGUCGUCCUGCUCCAACGGUAAUUUGGCUUAUCAAUGGAACGCCAGCACCACAAUAUAUAGGGGAGAAAACUGAUACACACGUUGUUGUGAAUAGGUUAGAAUUACCACACAUCAAAAGAACUCAUCUCAAUACUACUUUUAAGUGUCGUGCGUCAAAUACCAAUCUAGUGAGUCCUCAGGAGAAGACUGUUCGGUUGGAAAUGAACUUAAAGCCGAAUUUAGUUGAGAUUCUAAACAAACCAAAAACAUUAUCUUCCGAGCGAUACGUUAACUUAGUAUGUGUGUCUGAAGGUAGUCGACCUACAGCUCAGCUUACAUGGUAUCAAAAUAACAGGAAAUUUAAAAAGGGAAAGAUAAUCGAAAACAGUAACGAGACCUGGGUUAGUAGUAAUCUACAGUUUAUACCUUUGCCUGAAGAUGAUGGCUUAUACCUUAAAUGUCAAGCGGAUAAUAGUGCAUUACCCGGACAAAGCAUAGAAGAUGCAUUUAAAUUAGAUGUUGUGUACCCACCCGUAGUUUCACUAUCAUUAGGGAGCACCCUCAACCCGCAUGACAUCAAAGAAGGCGAUGACGUAUAUUUUGAAUGUUCAGUACGUGCGAAUCCCAGGGAAUAUCGCAUAACAUGGUAUCAUAAUGAGAAGCCAGUUUUACAUAAUGUUGUAUUAGGCGUCAUAGUAAGUACCAAGUCACUGGCGCUACAGAAAGUGACCCGAGAACAUGGCGGUGACUACUCGUGUCGGGCUGCUAACGCCUUAGGCGAGACUGCAAGCCAAACUACACAUCUCAGCAUACAAUAUGCUCCAGUAUGUUCGCACACAUCACCACAAGUUAUUGGUGCACAACUCGAUGAGUCCUUACGAGUACGAUGUUCUGUAACAGCAAAUCCACCUGAUGUCACAUUCUUCUGGCAGUUCAAUAAUAGUGGCGAAAGUUUAGAUGUGUCUCCUGCUAAAUUUGGGAUCGCAAAUGGAAGCACAAGCGAAUUAAGCUACAAAGUACAUAGCGAACGUGACUACGGUACACUUAGUUGUCGUGGAAGUAAUUCCGUGGGUAGACAACUCGAAGCUUGUGUGUUUCAGAUUGUGCCUGCAGCGCGGCCGUCUUCUCCUCGCAACUGCACCCUACAAAUAAGGAGCAACAAUACAGGCGGUGAUAAUAAUUUACUGUAUAUUCGUUGCGUGGCUGGAUACGACGGUGGUUCACCACAAAUGUUUGUUUUAGAGGCUUUGGACCCCAUCACUAGUAAAACUCGAUAUAAUAUUUCUGUAAAUGAAACUGACGGAAUAGCAACGUUUUGGCUAGACAUGUCUCAGUUACCUACUGAAAAAUAUUCUGACGACGUUACUUUAAAUUUACUAAUUUACGCCAGAAAUAUAAAAGGGGAAUCCGAAAGAACGCUAUUAGAAAAUAUCGAAUUUCAAGACGCAGCCAAACAUACAGACGGAAAAACUGCUGUGGGAAACUUAACAAUGGGAGUAGUAGUUGCUGCUGCUUUAGGAGUAAUACUAGCGAUCGGCAGUAUAGCUACUGGCGCCUUUUGUACACGUCGUCGUCGUUCACACCCACCUAUCAAGCAUCCGCCAGGUGACAUGUUGGAGUUAAGCGAUGGUGGUCGGAGAUAUGUAGUAGCAUACACAAUAAAACCAUCAUCUGAAGUGAAAACGCCUGAUCCACAACCUGACAUUUUAAAUGCUCCAGAUAUUGAAGCUCAGUCAUCUCUGCACAAUGGACUAGAAGGCCAGGAAUGGGCUAACAUUAAAGAAGUUCGAGAAGAUUGGGAGAAUUCUGGGCCAGUUUUUUCAGCAGACGAUCUGGCCCUACUGGACUCGGCAGUUCAGUCACAGGAGUUAACGCCGGUAAAUGAAAUUAUCGCAAGCAGUAGACAAGAAGAUGUGAUCAAUCAAAAUUUACCUGCGGAGUUUCAAAAUAAUUAUAGGCCUAACUUUAUUGCAACGAAUAGUCCUACUUUAGGUAGUCCUAAUUUUGUGUGCCCUAAUGGUAAUAUAAGUCCAACUAUCGAAAACUGUACGACGAGUCUUAUUGGACCAACACUAAGUUCGGGAAGUCUAACUUCUUCCACAUUACAAAAAGCCAAAGUUAAAACUUGCGCACGAAGGAGAGAACACGUCUUACCUGACAAUUUGCCAGGACCGGAAAGUUGCGUGUAA